UUUAACCAGGACAAGAUCAUCCAGGCUGAAGGCAGCAACUCGUCCUUGCUUGGUGACAUUGAAGCCCUGAGGAAACGUCUCCUGAAGAUCCAGGGCAAAGAUGAGGAGGUACGCAAAGCUGAGGACCUCUGCCGCACAGUCAGAGAAAAACUGGAAGAAGAGGAAAACCUGACGAAGGAGUUGAAAGCUGAAAUUGAACGUCUUCAAAAAAGAAUGGCUGAACUGGAGAAACUGGAAGAAGCUUUUGGGAAAAGCAAAUCUGAUUGCAGCCAACUCUGCUUGAGCCUAAAUGAGGAGAAAAACUUGACCAAGAAGCUCUCAACCGAGUUGGAGACUCUCAAAGCCAAAUUGAAGGAGAUGGAAGGGUCCGAGACAAAGCUGGACAGAGCAGAAAAGGCUUUGACGAUGGAAUUAGACAAACUUAAGACUUUUACCCAGACCUUUAUGAGUGAGCGCAAGAGGCUGCUGGAGAAGCAGCGAGAAGACGAGAAGAUCAUUUUAAAGUUGACAGAAAAACUGGAGCAACAGAAAAAUCGUCUCGGUAUGUCAGUAGACCCUUCCCGUGCAGAUUUUAUGCGGUCACGGAUUGAAGACGAGCUGUCGUCGACGGGGCUUCUUUCAAACAAAAUGGCUGGACACAAGAAAAACCUCGACUACUUCAAAUUCCCUGAUGACGGCAUCAGUCUUGUGAACAAAACUGAAAAUGAGAAGAACAGCAUUCUUGAGGGCACACAGCUGGAGGACAACAAAGUGAAAGAGUUGACACUUGAAGUCGAGAAGCUGAAAAACCGUCUGAAACAGUUGGAGAUAAUGGAGGAAGAUCUGAAAACCUCAGAGUUCAAAAAUGGAGAGCUAAAUGAGAAGGUCCAGAGGGAACAGACUCGGGCUCGCCAACUGAGCGAGCAGGUGGAACAGCUCAGGAUGCAGCUAGUUGGGAAAGUUGUUGUUGGAGGAAAUGGAUCCAGUAACGUGGACAAACACAGCAAUGGAAGCAGCAAGGUUGUGGAGAACGGCAAAGGUGAGAGCGAGGAGAUUGUGGGGAAGGUGGGCUUCAGACAAGAGAAGCCUAAAUACAGGAAUCCUGCAACUGCCACUGAACCAGGCUCCCCAAAACACAGAAACAGGGAGCUUUCUCCCCAGCAUAAACGUGAAACCAAGCUGAGGAGCAAAGAGCUGAGCCACUGUGAGGAGGGAUCUCCAAAGAUCGGGAGGAGAGCCCUCAGUCCUGUUACUAAGAGGAGGACACCCAAAAUUCCAGCAGAUAACGGUAUAAGAGACACGGGACGAGGAGCUGAGGAUAGAAUGCGAGGAACCUCCCUUAGCUCCGUCAACGCACCUUCUAGUGAUGCUAAAAAGAUGUCUGUUCUCAGUCGCUAUCCUCCAGCUGCUAACGACCAGAAGCCUCUAAGGAUGACCCAUAAACAGACUGAUGGGGAGGCAAAGAAGAACAGGGUGGAGACGUUCUCUAAACUGUAUGUUGGUAGUGAUAGCGAAUCAAACAAUUCUGACGUAACACCUGAUGUCUGCAGCAGCAUGAACAGCAUUUCUGUACAAGACAAAGAAACAGAUCAGGAAUCUUCAGACCAGGUUCCAGAAUCUGUCUCCGUCGCCUCCUUUCUCCCCAAAGCCAACGGAGCUUACUCAUCAUACAGAUCUCCAAUCACACCUCUGCAAGCAAAUGACCAGGGAUCAGAGGGUCACUCUUCUGCAUCAGAAACAGAAUCUACUGGCUCAAGACCGUCGGAACCUGAGCCUGUGCCAGAGACAACACCUCCAACCAUAAGCAGCAGGACCUCAACCUCCAGAUAUUCCAGAUACUCCCAUGUCCAUGACUCGCAUUCAGAAGGCUCGUCCUCCAGGAGUUCAUUUGAUGAGGAUCUCCACAGCAGAACACCAUUAGCAGACGGGGCGCCCACACACACUGCUUCAGGGAUUGAAAUCCAGCGAAUGUGUAGCCCGCGUGAGGCGCUGAGGUCGAGGGCUGUCAUCAAACCGGCCAUUGUGGAGAUUGACAGGAAGGAAAUGAUGAUCUCAGAACCUCUGUCAACCAACGGCAAACCCAAAAUCUCCACUAAACCAGUUGUGACCAUGAGCAAGAUGACCAGUAGCAUCACCAUUUACCCCAACGACCCGUGCUCUUCUAGAACCAGCAGCCGCAGCAGCAGUGUGUGCAGUGAACCCAUGCCUGCCAGAGAGCGCCACACCUCCACCAGUAACAUCCUCAUUGGUGAGUGGUUACAAAUCACAAGUCAUUCACUUCAGUUAACGCCUAACCAGCGUGGGACGUUCUGUAUUCGCUCAAACGUUACUAUUGUGGAUCUUGGUUUUGAUUCGACUUAAUGACAUCAUGAGGUAGAUUUUAGUUAAAUGACUAAGAAAAUGAAAAUGUACUUAUUUUGACUCGAUAA